AUGCCGACCGAAGUACUCCCGCCGGACGGGGCCAGGAGUCCCCAAGAAAACUACGGCGAUUCAAAUGAGUUAAGCUUCUUGAAGCCCAAGGACGUUGUGAUAUUGAGAAAGGGGGAAAAAGGGGUUCAUGUUUUCAGAUGCGUUGAUAAACUUAGUAAUGCGUUGAUGAUAAACGUGGUGACAAGAGAGGCCGUAUGGAGGAACCCCAUCACCAGAGCCGCCACAGAUGGAACGGGGGCCGCGCCAGGACAGCCGGCCCGGGCCCGGUCCACCGAGAGAGGGCGAAAUGAAGCGGAAGCGGUAACUCUUAGCGACACUUUCUAUUAG